AUGGCCCUCACUUUAUCACAGUCCACGCAAAAUGUAUCCAAGCCUGUCAAUAACGGAAUUCUCUCUCGAUAUUCGACACUGUUAGCAGUCAAAAUUCUUAAGCAUUUUCGACCUUGCCACGGAAAUGUUCUCAUGUUGACAGACAAACUAUGUGUGAAGUACGGGCGCCGUGUCCAUUUGUCUGAAGCAUCAACACUGCGUUUCAUACAGCGGCAUACGUCUAUACCAGUGCCAAAAGUUUUAUGUUCCUUUACUCAUCAUGGAUUGACGUAUAUCGUGUUGGAAAGAAUCAAGGGGGACAUCAUUGGUAGUGGCUGGGUUCACCAAAAUGAGGAGUCCAAGGCCAAGCUUCUUUCACAGUUGGCAAAAAUGGUUGCUGAAAUGCGGGAACUCCAGCCUCCUGCUGAUAUCGUGGUCGCUUCCGUUGAUGGUGGACCACUCUUCGAUUGUCGUGUGCCGGGACGUUCUUUACACUUCGGCCCAUUUAAUACAGUCCAAGACUUCCAUCGGCAUUUACGAAUGGGCAUGGAAUUUGAUCCCGGCCUUGACCCCCAGAUCCAGGAUCUUAUCAACCAACAAAGCAAAACCUGGCCAUCGGUCUUCACCCAUGGGGACCUUAGCAGCCUAAAUAUUCUCAUUCGUGGAGAUGAUAUUGUUGGUAUAAUCGAUUGGGAAACGGCUGGCUGGUAUCCAUCAUAUUGGGAGUACACAUGUGCCCAACAGGUCAACCCACAAAACUCCUUUUGGGUUAAUGAGAUUAACAAGUUCCUACAACCAAUGCCUCAAGAGCUGAGGAUGGAACGGAUCCGUCAAGAAUACUUUGGGGAUACAUGA